AUGAAGAUAACCUAUAAAAUUGGUGCGAUCGGUCACAAGCUGGGUCUGAAAUUUAAACUUCAAUACAUAUUUAUAUAUAUAUAUAUAUAUAUAUAUAAAUAUAUACAUAAUUGUCAAUCUGGACGAUUUCUGAAUCCAAAGGGUAAUCCAUAGAAAACGUGCUAACCACAGCACCAGCACUUCUACCUAUAGACACGCAUAUAUACAUAUUAAUAUAUAAAUCAUACAGGCACAAGGUGUAGAGCUCUUUGAUUUCUGUUAUGAGGAAGUAGAAAUCACCUCUGGAAAUUAAUAUGGCAAAAGGAGUAGUAGGUGACGAUGAUCAUGAUCAUGAGGAUCAAGAGCAAAACAGUUUUGGAAGUAGAAUGACUAAGAACAGCAUGCAGGGUUUCAAGGACUCGAUUUUGCAGCCAUUAAUGAAGUCUCCUACCUUCUUCUUCCUCGUGCUCCUGCUGGUUGGAGGCUUUGCCUCUACCUACUUGCUUAAUAUACCUAUUCUGACCAGGUCAACUCUAAGACCAUUUCUAACAACCAAAAAUACAUCCCAUAAAUGCCAUCAACAAAAAACCAAAAUCCCCAAAAACUCCACUCAAGGCAUAGAAAUCGCACUCAAUUGCACAAAGUAUACACAGACGCGAACAUGCCCCUCCAAGACUGCCCACAAUUCACGACAAGAUCCAAGCUGCACAUCAGAGCCGUCUACGUGUCCAGAAUACUUUGGGUGGAUCUACGAAGAUCUAAGGCCAUGGUCCCACACAGGGAUAUCAAGGGAGAUGAUAGAGAAAGCAAGGGCAAGGUCCCACUUUAAGUUGGUGAUAGUGAAUGGGAAGGCUUACGUGGAAAGAUAUGAUAGGGCAUUUCAGACAAGAGAUUUAUUCACAUGGUGGGGAGUUGCGCAGUUAUUACGGAGGUACCCAGGAAAAGUGCCUGAUUUGGAGCUCGUGUUUAAUUGCCAUGACUGGCCUGUGUUUUUUGCAAAGGACUAUCUUCAGGCGAACGCCACCGACCCCCCUACUUUAUUUGGUUUCUGUGGUGAUGGUGACACUGUCGACCUGGCUUUCCCUGAUUGGUCCUAUUGGGGAUGGCCUGAGAUUAACAUAAAGCCAUGGGUGAGUUUGUUGAAGGAUUUAGAGGAAGGAAACAAGAGGAUGAGAUGGGUGGAUAGGGAACCUUAUGCAUAUUGGAAAGGAAACCCAGGUUAUGCCCAAGUAAGGAGAGAUUUGAUGAAAUGUAAUCCUACAGACAAACAGGACUGGUAUGCUCGUUUGUACAAACAGGAUUGGCGUCGAGAGUCCAAGGAAGGGUUCAAGAAUUCAGAUUUAGCAAGCCAGUGCACCCAUAGGUUUAAGAUCUAUGUAGAAGGGAAUGCUUGGUCUGUGAGCCAAAAAUAUAUUCUUGCCUGUGAUUCUCUUACUUUAGCAAUCAAUCCCAGAUACUAUGAUUUCUUUAGCCGAGGUUUGAAGCCAUUGCAGCAUUAUUGGCCUAUAAAGGUCAAUGACAAGUGCAGAUCUAUUAAGCAUGCUGUUCACUGGGGUAACACUCACCAAAAAGAGGCACAAAAUAUUGGCAAAGCAGCAAUAGAGUUCAUCAAGGAAGAGCUGAACAUGGACAAUGUGUAUGACUAUAUGUUUCAUCUUUUAAAUGAAUAUGCAAAGCUAUUAAGGUUCAAGCCUACAAUUCCUCAAAAGGCUUUUGAACUUUGUUUGGAGUCAAUGUUUUGUCCAGCAAAUGAGUUAGAAAAAAAGUACAUGAUGGAUUCCAUGGUGAAGGAUCCGGCUGGCACUGACCCAUGCACCAUGCCUCCUCCUUUUGCUCCUUCGUCUCUUUUUUCAGUUCUUGAGAAAAAAGUAGAUUCGCUUAAACAAGUGGACAUGUUGGAAAAGAAUUACUGGGAGAAUCAGAAUAAGCAAAAGUAGAUAUGAUCUGUUCCAAAUAUGGGUAUUUUUUCUUUUUUGUAUAUUUUGAUUAUCACAUAUGUUAAUUACUAUAUAUAUAUUCCAUGAUUUAUAAGAAGAUUCUCAAUAUUUUGGAUACCAA